CAAACAAGUUAAACUAGCUUUGUGCAUAGGAAUCGCUUUAAUUUCGGGCAUUUUGGUGAAAUUUUUUCGCCCAAGGGAACACGCGAAGGCCUCGUGAUCCGGGCCUUUAAGGGCGUCCACGCUCUGUCGCCUUUGUUCCUCUGUUCAACUCAUCGCCCUCUUUCUGUGCUCGGACAUUCGCCGGCCACUCGCAGCGCCGGUGACAGCCCGCAUGUCCCGGAGGCCACCACAUCUCUCACCGCUUCAAGGCACCGCGCAUCUCUGAGGUUACUCUUUCUUUCUCUCGUUCUUUCUACGUUUUCUUCUCUACUGACUCAUCGACAGCAGCGGCAACCUAAACCCUUUCUUCCAGAUCCUCAUCGUCAUCUUUUGAAGCCCUUGAGCGAACACGGGGCACUACGGUAGAAAAGGGGAAAGGAGAGAAAGAGUUCUUUACUUCUUGCUCUGAACGACGGGCAGCAGACCAAUCUCAUUUCUAGCUUCUCUGUCUGGGCUGCGGGAGGCAAGUCAUCUCUUCACACUUAUUUGUCAUCAAGUGGAGUAGUACCAUAUGGCGCAACACCACGAGCAACAACUUGAGAAAGAUCUACUGGAACAUCAUCAACAUCAUUUACCUAAAGAUAACAUGCUUGAUUGUGUUAUGGCUAUUGAAGCUGCCCUUCUUCCAUGUUUACCUGCUAGAGAGCUUCAAGCAAUAGACCGCUCAACACAUCCAUCUCAUCAGAUUGAUGUAGAAAGGCAUGCUAGAGACUUCAUGGAAGCGGCAAAAAGGCUUCAGUGCUAUUUCAAUAAGCUUCAACAGGACAAAAAGCCAACCACAGAAGAGAUGCUGACAAAGGAAAUUGUGGUGAUGGAGAAGGAGCUGAAGGCCAAAUCUGAACUGAUUAAGAGGUAUGAAAAGUUUAUUGAAGGUUGGAGAACCGAUCUGAAAGCUCAACUUGAGAAACACAAGAUGGAACUGGAAAGAGUGUGAGCCUGGUGAUCAUAUAUCAUAGAGGUAAUUGCAUCCUUUUCCUAUUAUGACUAUAGGAUAUUUGCCUCCAUGAGAGAUAUGUGCAUUUUAUAGAAUAAAUGAAAUAAAAUGCCUCAACCAUCUGUAUUUGCUCUAGCUGCAGAUUUCUUUAUUCGCACUUCUGUUAGCUCUUCUAUUAGAUUCGAGAAAGAACAGAAUGAUACAAGCAAGGCCUAGUUAUAGAAGACAGAAAGCUUUGAUAGGAAGCUCAUCUUAGUCUGGAAUUUACCCAAGCAUAACCAAGGUAUAUUAAUGCCUCUUAUGAUUACUGAGACCAUCUUUGGUCAGUCUAUCUUCUGGGGCACAUAAUGGACUGCAAUUGAUAAGCAAAAUGUCAUCCAGAUGUUUACUCUAGAACCACAAUCAUAAAAACCACAUCUUAUGAUUCUUUCUCCUUCUCCAUUGGUGUUUCCUUUUCCUGUUGUGUUACUGAACCGAACAUUGAGGAAACUGUUAAAGAUUUUUGGCAUAUUGUUUCUGAACAUUCAUGCUGGACCAAGUCCAAGUGGGGGAUAUGGUUAUGGUCUAUGCAAUAUUUAUAAGAGCUGUCUGUGUACGCUUUUUGGGCUCAAUUGUACUUAGCAUGGCUUCAGUAUAAUUACCUAAUGUUCCAUCCAAUAGAAUUCGUUUGUAGGCAUAUGUUGCUAUAAGCUAGGUGGCAUGAGAUAUAUCAUAAAUCUGAUUCACAAGUUCAAAAUUUUCUUAGUGUCUUUUUACUUUCGGUAUCAAUAGCAAAACUCCAAGAAACUUUGUAAUGUUUUUUAUUUCCUCAAAGGGUACAUCAACAUAGUAAAAUAAAUUCUUGAUUAUUGAAUAUUGAUGGAUUUCUAUGCAUGCCCGAAAAUGAUACAUUCUUUGUUUCAAGGUGAGAUAUUGUUUAUUUAUGUUCCAAUUGCAGAGCCAAGAAAAAAAAAAAAACUUCCAAGGGGCUUCACAUCUUAUAUUUUGCAAAAUUCAGGGAAGGAAUAACCAUAUUUUUACAAACUCUAAAGUGACUAAUGAGAUUUUUCCCAAAAAUAUAACUUGGUUCUUAAUCUUGGUUUUCUGGUUGUAUCUUAUGAGAGAGAGGCCUCUAAUGUUCUUUUAUAGCACAUGAAUUGCCUCAUAGUAGUUGGAUGAAAUGUGCCAAGCUUAUACAAGAUGGAAAUGAUUCUUGAUUUUUUUUUUUAAAUUAGAAUAUGUUACUAUGUCUGUUAAGUUCUAGAUUAGGAAGAAGAAUUUUUAUUAAUUUUCAUGAUCAAGAAAGAUUGCGUUUUAGGAAAAUUAUCUUAGACUUAAUAUGGUCUCUGAUCUACAUAUAAGUUAGACAACGUUGUUGUUGUAUUCAGUCCAAAUUCAAAUUAAAUUAGUUCGUUGUUUCACUUCUAAUUUAUUUAUUUUUCUUGUUUACUUAGAUAACUCUAAUCCAUUAUACAUUUUAGUAUAGUGGUACAGGUAAUUUUCUUAUGUGACUAGUAUUAAAUUUUAUCUCAUUCUGCCAAAGGAACAUCACGUUGCUUAUAAUUUCGAAAAAAGUGGCCCAUUUUUCAUAGUUUUCUUCGCGACAGGUAUAUUUUUUAUAAAAACCAUCAAAUAAGGGCUUGACAAACAUUGAAAGCUAAUUCUAUCCGACUUCAAUUUUGUUCCUAUACUAAAUGGAAAUUGUCAAUAUUGUGUAUCUCUAUUUUGAAAAUAUUGCAGGGACUACAAAAUCUUGAAAUUCAUGUAGAUGGAAUUUCUAGUUCCUAAUCAGAUGGUCUUAUAGAAGCCAGAUGGAUUGGCAUUACAAAUUGUGUUGUAUGAGAAUGAUUGUGGAGUUAAUUUUGUAACACCAUCUUGUGAAGGGGUAGGAUAAGGAAUUUUUUGUAUCCUGCCCAGAGUUACUUCAGUUCCAUUAUGGACUUGGUGACUUAAUAUUUUCACAUACAAUAAUUUGGCUAACUA